AUGAGAAACACUCCCUUCUCCGAGACCAACACUUCGCUACCUCGUGUCUCAAAUAGCGUUAUCGGGACUACUACGGAACCCACCCUCCGCACCGACUCUCCCCUUCCCUUCACUUUGCCCAGAAUUGAGCUUCCUGAUCAGCGCAAGACACAAAUCAUGGGUACUUCCGUUGAAAACAACGGCAAACUAAUGACAGUCGAAAAGAAAUCCAAACAUACCAGGACCUCUACUGUCAUGAACCCCGAAUUAUACAAAGAUCUCGAUGACAUCGACCUCAUGGAGAUUUCGAGCGUAUACCAAGCAGCUCUCAAAGCCACUAUUAUUACAACCAUUCACGGAUAUUGGACUCGUCCGGAACGAUUCGUGGAUCUUCGAAACCCAGUCUAUCGUAGGAUGGCUAAUGAAGUGGUUCGCCACGGUCAUCGUUAUCGCUAUGUCAGAAUCCCAGCACUAGAAAACAACCAGGCGUCGGAUUCGGAGAAGAGCGCGAGACCGGAGACUCCGAAGUGGAGGCUCGAGAAAGAAGCGGACGUAGCAAUGGCUGCAGCUGGGUUGCCGCCGCGUAAUUGGAGGUCAUGA